AUGGGUUUGAUAUCAGCGAAGGAGACGAAGAACACUAAUGGUAGUGGAAGAGGAAUGGGUUUUCUCUUAGUCUUCUUCCCCGAUCACAACUCCAAAAACCCAUCAUCUCCAAUCACCGUCGACAACAACUCUCCUUCUUCUUCUUCUCCGGCGACUCUCUUCCGCUCCAGAUCUUCUCGUCUUCUCUUAUCAAAAGCCCAAUCCACAAUCUCAAUCUGCAUCCUCCUCCUUUUCUUAACCCUCUUCCUCUUCACUCUCUCCACCUUCGAACCUUCCUCUGGUACUUUUCCCGCCGUUUCUCCUCGUUCUCACCGUCGAUUUCUCCUCAAUCGCGAUGUCGUUCGUCGUUCUUCAAACCGAUUCGCUCUCCAGGGAAUGGGUACUCUGUUUCUAAGAGGAACCAAAAGCAUGCACGAUUUAGUUGUUGCUCAUAUCGCUUCCGAUACUACUCCGGAAGAUCUCCGUCUAUUCAUGCGGUUGCUUCACCGCUCCGGUGUCACUUCCAGAUCCGACGUCGUUUUACUCUUCAAUUCGGUUACGAGAUUCGGUGGAUUAAUCGAAGAAGAGAACGACUCGUUCUUAAAACUCGUCGAUGCUCAUCGAAACUCGUCGAAUCAAAUCGAUUCGGUUUGGGGAUUUAAUCCGACUCGUUUCAUGAAGAAGCAAUCGAAGAAGGAAACAACAUCUGAGCCUAUCUGGGGGAAGAAGACGCAUCGAGUUAGUAACUUCAACGACUCAGCAUUGAACGAGACCGAGUCGGCCGAGUUGACUCAUGGCUCGGUAGUGGGUUUCGACGUGACUGAGUUGGAUCCGGAAAACUCGUUAUCCGGGUUCAUGGAUCACGUUCCGAUAAGCUUGAGGAGAUGGGCUUGUUAUCCAAUGCUGCUAGGUCGAAUCAGGCGCAGUUUCAAGCACGUAAUGCUCGUCGACGCGAAUACCGGAUUGUUUCUCGGUGACCCGUUAACCCGGAUUCGAAAUCGGAGCCCCGAGUCGGUCCUCUUCUUCUCGACAAAGCACAGUAGUAGCAAGAAAACGUCGGAGAUUAAUCCGGCGGUUUUGAUCGGUGGAGCAAAAGGAAUCAGGAGGUUAGCGAGUGCGAUGCAUACUGAGAUAGUGAGAGCGACGAUGGUUCAGCAUAAGAAGAAGAACUCGGUUUCGGAAUCGGUUGUGUUGAGUCAACUCGUUGGGAAUGUUCAUAUGACGAAGGAUUUCGAAGUUGUGGUGACGAGUGAGUCGGUUGCGGAAGCGAGUUCACUCGCUGAGUUAAGGACGAGAAACUCGGCGGCUUCGUCGAUAAAGAAUCACGAUAUAAUACAGAGAGGUAAUAGUAAUAAUAUAAUGGCGAUUAUUAUGAAACGUAUUUGUUCUUCUGAAUUAGAUUCUUCUUCUGUCUAUAGUUACUGUUAG